CAGAUCCGCGGGAUCAUCACGGCGACUUCACGAGCUCCUCCGCUUGGCUUCCAAUCAACCUCCUCUUCCUUCCUAAGCUACGCCAAAGCCCACUCCCCGCAACCACCCCCACACCCCCACCACCGGCGACCACCGCCCCCACCAACCUCGCCCUCGCCCUCCCAUGGCGAAGGCGCAGCCUCCGCCUGCGCGGGAGCCCCUGCUCCCCUCCUCCGCCUCCCCGCCACCCUAUCUGGACGCCCGCGCCGGCGCCGACGCCAACGCGGACUCGUACGUCCUCCUCGUCCCCGUGCGGCUCCGCCGGCUGCGGCGCGGGUGCCGCUGCCGCUGCCUCGGCCCGCUCCUCUCCACGCUCGCGCUGCUCUCCCUCGCCGGGUUCCUCCUCUGGCCCGCCGACCCGGACGUCAGCGUGGCGCGCCUCCGCCUCGCGCACGUCUCCGUCUCCGCGCGCCCCACCGUCCGCGUCACCAUCUCCGCCGCGCUCAAGGUCCGCGUCCGGAACCCGGACCUCUUCGCGCUCGACUACGGCCGCCUCGACGUCGACAUCGGCUACCGCGGCGCGCCGCUCGGGCGCGUCACCUCCGGCGGCGGGCGCGUCCGCGCGCGCGCCGUCUCCUACAUCGACGCCAACCUCAGCCUCGACGGCAUAAGCGUCGUGGAGGACGCGAUCUACCUCCUCGAGGACCUCGCGCGGGGAUCCGUGCCCUUCGACACCGUCGCUGAGGUCGAGGGCCACGUUCACUUGUUCUUCCUCAGCAUCCCUGUCAAGGGGAGAAUAUCUUGUGUGGUGCAUAUUAACCCGCACAAUCAAACUAUAGUACACCAAGACUGCUAUCCGGAUGUAAAUAUCUGCUCUCUCUGACGCAUAAAAUAUCUGAAUGCUUAUUGUAAAAUUUUCAGAAUCUGACCAGUUGUUUUGUAUCAGUGAGUUGCUAAUGGCGUUCUAGCAAUCGUCGCGUGUGAAGAGGUCAUUUUAAACUUCCCUUGGAGUGCUUUCAGCUGUUGUAUAAAUAUGAUCCAUUUGGUUAUGUACCAUGGUUGUGCACUUGAGGCAAAACAUUCUUUAUCUUGCACUACGCUGGUAGACGGGUCGAUUGUAAAUUUCUUAGCAGGCCUAAAUACCAUGGUUUUAAGUCAUGUCUAUACGAUCAAUCAGUUACCCAAAGAGAAAAAAAUUCCACAUUGGCAUUUUCGGUGUCCAUGUCUAUACUGUUAA